GAUCUGUCAAACUUGGUGUUGUUUGAAUUGCAAGUUUGAAUCAUAACAAGCGAGAAUGGAGAAUAUCCCAAAAGUGAUUUUGUUUGCUGCUUCCGCCGCGCAAUAUUUACAAUCAGAUUCGGAAUCAGAAUCUGAUUCCGAUUUUGAAGAUCUGUUCCUGAUCUCCAUACAGAAACCGAGAACGAAACGGAGGCGUGUGUCUAAUUUUGUCAAUGAUGUAGUGGACUAUUACACAGAGGAAGAGUUCCGCCGAAACUUCCGUUUAAAAAGAACCACCGCUGACAUCAUCAUAAACAGAUACAAGGAAUCCGAAUUUUAUCGUACAAACGUCGGAAAAGGGCGAAGAAAUCUGCCGGCUGAUGAGCAAAUGUAUGCCUUUUUAUGGUUUUCGGCUAACAAAAAUUCAUACCACGAAAUCUGUAAUCUGUUCAACUUUUCGGAAUCAUCGUUUUAUAAAUGCCUGAACAAUAUUUUAGACUUCCUCUACGACAUAUCUAAGACAAUCAUUCGUUUUCCAGAAGUUGAAGCUGAGAAAGAAGAGAUUGCAACAGAUUUCCGAAGUGUACGUUAUAAAUUGCAGGAUUGUAUGAUUGUUGUUUAUGCCCCCAAUAUUUUAUAUCUUUCACAGAUUGCUGGAUUUCCAUAUGUUAUAGGGUGUAUUGAUGGAAGCUACAUCUCCAUUAGAAAGCCUGCCAACAAAAUACGAUCUACAUACAUAAAUCGUCAUGAUAUGCUCUCAAUAACACUUCAGGGGAUAUGUGACGCAAAAAGAAGAUUCCUAGAUGUCUGCAUAGGAUCACCAAGUAGAAUACACGACUCACGAGUAUAUUCUCUUUCACCGAUCAGUGAUGAGAUAUCUGCUAUAUGUCAUGGCAGAUACCAUCUGUUGGGUGACGCUGCCUAUCCCUUGCGGGAGCAUUUAUUAACCCCUUUCAAAGAUUACGGCAAUCUAACACACAAAGAGAGAAAUUAUAACUUGAAACACAGCCAAACCCGAGUAAAAAUAGAAAAUAGCUUCUCUAAUUUGAAGGGCAGGUUUCGUCAGUUAUUACGGCUCGAUUUCUUUCAUGUCGAGAGGAUGAGUAAGUUUGUAUUGGCUUGCUGCACUCUUCAUAACAUGUGUAUUAAUCAGAACGACAUUUAUGACGAGAACGAGAAUGAAAACGAUCCUGAUGAUGCACUCAAUGAAAUCCCACCGGUGCCAAUAGCCGCCGGCUCAAGCGGUUCUCAAAACGUGAGAAAUACCGCUCUUCGUCGAUUAGGAGAAGUGAAAAGAAACGAAAUAGCAACAGGUUUAUUACAAUAG